AUGAAGAUUCGCGAAGAGAGGAAGAGAGCUUUGCCGAGUAGAGGGAUGGGAAGCCAAGAGGUCAACGAGGGCUUUGAAUAUGCGAUCGUAGCCGGUGGCCCAGCUUUGCAUUUUGGAAAGUUUGAGAGUGUUGAUGUGUGGGGUUGCAAUGGAGAAUGUCAAAAAAUAAUUUGGUAUGAAGCUCAACAGUAUGGAAUGCAUCGAUAUGAUGAGGUGUCCCCAAUUCAUGACAAUGGACUGUCAGAUCGCACCGCCGCGGCACUAAACACUAGUCAGUACCUAUCCAGACUCCUCAUCAUCAAGAAGGUGUCCACAAUUUUCUCUCUGACCAGUCCUCUCCGUAGAACUGCCAUGAUGAGCGGGCGCAUAGCCAUCGAAGAUCUGUUGCCUUUUCGCUUUCUGGCAGAACUUCCAGAAUCUGCUACAUCCGCCAUCCAAAAGAAUGCACUACGUUCGCGCAACAUAGUCUUGAAGAUCAGCGACAGCGGAAACGGCAGGCUACUCAGAGCAUCGUUCCCUCAUCCAUCACUUCUUCUCCAUGUCCGGCUUCCCCCCGGAAUUGCUUGGUUAUGUGGUCAGAAUUCCGUGUCAGCAAUGCGCACCUGAGCCUUCCCAACUAUCGCCUCGUAUCUCUUGCUCUCUCUCCCUCUCGAGCGAAUAGCCUUCCUCUCUCCUUCACUACUGUCAAAGACAGACAGACAUU